UCGCGAUGCGACGCGCGUGCGGGUAGCGUGGGCUGGCGCCUGUCUCCGACACUGCAGAUCCACAAUAGCUGCUUUUUUGGGUUCUCGGGCUUGUACCCUGAUAUGAUACUCCGAGGCCCAACAUACUACCUUUUUCUCGGUGUCGUCACCAAUCGAACGACGGCGAUAGACGUGUUUUGCUCACCGGUUCUAAAACAGUUUCUUCGCGCAAAAGCCUGCGCUCUCUUUUUUUUUACAUGUCACGGCAUCUGCAUAGUCGGUGAAUAUCCUUCUCUCGUCUUUUCUUUUUUUGUCGCAAUACCGAGCAUGACCGGCAUAAGUAGGGUGUGUGGAUUGCAGGCGCAAAACCUCGGCAGGUAAGGUGGGUUAUUAGGCACUUGUUUUUGGAGAUACCUCGUUUUUCUUUCCUGUUUUUGUUCUUGUCUCGGAUUAGUUCGAGGGGAUGAUUAUC